CUGUGGCCUGCUCCCUCCUGAGGGUCCGUCCAUUUUUGGGGGAAUCCUUUUAGAAUCCGGAAGUUCUGCGUUACGUCUUCUGCCAGCAAGCUCACUUGCUUGUCAGCUUGCAACGUGGCGCUCAAAGGCAUCUCACGUUACAGACAUUCCCCGACCAAUGGCAGGCAGUUUAACAUGAAACUCCGAGAUAUGAGAAACGUUAUCGCUAAAGUGAAUGGCUGUGUGGGAAACGCUGUAGGAUGCGUAGGCUCUGCGACCAAGUACUGAAUUUGGAUCAGUAUACGCCUCUUGAUUGAAAAGCCUAUCGUUUAUAAUUCAAGACAGACAAACUGAUCCUGGAUCGGUUGUUGGGCGAGAAGUUACAGUGCAACCUUCGAAAAAAAUUGAAGCGCUAGGUUGUAAUCUGUGGUCAUUGAUAGCAGUCAACCGGGUAUGUUUGAAACGUAGAAGCAGGUUACAGCGUGAGCAAAGUGCAGUAAGUCAGGAAAAUUGUAGCCUAAUGUAGCUGGCUCGGGCACUGUUGCGAUUCGGAAUUGCAACACAAUCGAUACUGCCGUUACGCUUGGGUUGAAUUGUAUCGAGUUCUCAGUCUCCGCAGCCUUCGUUUCCUCUUGAGUGUGUUUGGUCGCCAAGUUUUUUGCACCCUGACAUUUACUACAGCACAGGUAUAAUUUAAGAUGGGGGUGUGGAGCUGUAUGUACCUUAUAGUGAUGUGUACGUGGAUGGUGUUCGGCAAACCCACUGUAAAGAAAGACCGGAUUCACCACGACCCCGAACUGAGCAAACAGCAACACGAGGAUAAUCAGAGCUACCAAUAUGAUCACGAGGCCUUUUUAGGAAGAGAAGAAGCCACUACAUUUGAUCAGUUGACCCCAGAGGAGAGCAAGGAGAGGCUUGGGAAAAUCGUGAACCGCAUAGAUGGCGAUAAUGAUGGGUACGUUACGACCGCUGAACUUAAGGCUUGGAUCAAACGGGUGCAGAAGCGCUACGUUUACGAAAACGUCGCUAAGGUCUGGUCUGACUAUGACCUGAACAAGGACAACCACAUCUCAUGGGACGAGUACAAAAAGGCAACAUACGGCUACUAUCUUGCCAAUCCGGAGGAGUUUGAGGACUCCAACGACCAGUUCAGCUUUAAGAAGAUGCUGCCCCGGGACGAGCGGAGGUUCAAGGCGGCCGACCUCGACGGGGAUCUGACGGCCAGCCGCGACGAAUUCACCGCCUUCCUGCACCCGGAGGAGUUCGAGCACAUGAAGGACAUCGUGGUCCUCGAAACGCUGGAAGACAUCGACAAGAACGGCGACGGAUUCGUGGACGAGGACGAGUACAUAGCGGACAUGUUUGCACACGAAGAGGGGGGUCCGGAACCAGACUGGGUCGGGACCGAGCGGGACCAGUUCUCGGACUUCCGGGACCUGAACAAGGACGGGAAGAUGGACAAGGAGGAGAUCCGGCGCUGGAUCCUCCCGGAGGACUACGACCACGCCCAGGCCGAGGCCCGGCACCUGGUGUACGAGUCCGACGUGGACAAGGACCAGAUGUUGACCAAAGAGGAGAUCCUGGACAACUGGAACAUGUUUGUGGGGAGCCAGGCCACCAACUACGGGGAGGACCUGACCAGGGACCACGACGAGCUGUGAGGCGGGAAACCCGCUGCCCGACGAAGGAAUCCUCGCGUCUCCGGGCGGGAAACGACGGCGCAGGCGGCGGCGGCGGCUAACCCGAACCCUCCCGCCGCUACCUCACCUGCCGAGCAGGGGCCACGUUGCCUCCCCCACCACCCGCCGUGUGGCCGCAGCUACACAUUAGGGUUCCCAUCGCCGACCUUCCACUCCGCGGAGGGGACUCGUCCCACGAGCAGAGCCACCGCGUGCCACUGGAACUCGUUUAAAGCGCUCGGGGACGGGUGCUGCUGUUAGCGAGCCACUUUGUUUAUUCGUUUUAGGCCUGUGUGUUUGUGCGCUUUUACAAACCCGGUUCGCUAUUGUGAUUUGUUUAGAUUUUUUU